AUGUCUGGUGAGCCCAAAGUUCCCUAUUCAUGGAAGCAAACGCUUUCUGAUGUGACGAUUUUGCUCGAUCUACCUGCCGAGAUUACGAAGGCCUCGCAAUUGAAUGUGUCCAUACAGCCAAAGCAUUUGUCUGUAGCAUUCAAAUCGACAUGCACCCCUCUUAUUAGCGGCGAUCUGCAUAAGGCAUGUAAAGUCGAUGAUUCCACCUGGACAAUAGGUGACCAAUCGUUGGAAAAUAAGCAAGAGUGGUGGUCAUGCAUCAUCCAGGGUCAUCCAGAGAUCGAUACCAAGGCUAUUGUCCCGGAAAAUAGCAAGCUUUCCGACCUGGACCUUGAAACGCGGUCUCUUGUUGAAAAGAUGAUGUUUGAUCAGCGCCAAAAGGCAGCAGGUCUUCCGACGUCCGAUCAACUCAAGCAACAGGAAACGCUUCGCCGCUUCCAAGAACAGCACCCUGAAAUGGAUGUAAGUGUUGCGCACUUGAUUUUUAGUUUUCUAAUGCCAAGUUUUCACAAUAAAACCGCCCCAGUGUGGGGUAGGCCCUUGGAUUGA